GGAUGGGAUGCCUAAGAUAUCUGGCUGACAUCUGACUGAAGUUCCGACUUCAGUCAGUCGUUCGCCAGUCAUUUGCCGCCCAGCAUUCGAGAUGAAAAAGUCGAAAACCUAUAAACUGGAGGCUCCCGAUGGCGGCUGGGGAAUCCUUGUCUGCAUUGGCAUGGCCCUGCCUUUUACGAGUGCUUUGGCGGCAUUGCCAUCGUUUGGCCUGGUUUUCGGCGACUUCCUGAAGAGUAUCGGAGCGGAGACCAGUGCCAUGGCCAUCAUCACCAGCGCCUUUUUCUCGUCAAUGAGUUUCGCUGGCUUGUUCUCGGGCUCCCUGUUUCAGCGAUUUGGAAUGCGACCAGUGGGCGUGACUGGUGGCAUUUUGUACUUCCUGGGCACAGGACUACAGUAUUUCGCCACCUCCACGUUGCACCUGCUUAUAGCCUUUAGUUUGGUCCAGGGCUUCGCCUUCGGACUGAUGGUGCCCACCUGCUAUACGACCUUCAAUCAUUACUUUGUCAAGAAUCGAGUGAUGUGGAUGAGCUUCGCCCAGACGUUGAUUGGUCUGGGAUCCAUGUUGUAUCCUAUUGUGAUGCAGAAAUUAAUGCAAUGGUAUGGCUUCAGGGGAUGCCUGCUUAUACUUACCGGAUUGAAUGCCCAUGCUGUGUUUGGAAUGCUCGUAAUGCACCCAGUAGAGUGGCACAUGCGUCGUGUACCCAUCACUGCAGAGGAGGGUGAGGAACUGAAGGAGCUCAAUGAACAGAAGCCAGUUAAACCAACAGUUGUGGUAAGAGUUCAGCCGGAAACCCCGCUGAAGGCUGUUAUGGAGGAGCCCACCUACAAUGCCGGCGAUCCUGUAACGCGCAGACUCUCCCACGCCGAAGAGCACGUGCUGAGGGUGCAUUCCAGCCGGGCCUCAAGCAUCACCAGCCUAGGUAAUUGGUCUGGAGCAGUGGUGGUCAGCGAUGCCUCGCCCCAGAUGAUGCACAGCCUGCAGGCCUCACGGCGUACAAGUAUGGUUGUUGGCGGUGCGGCUGGAGCAGACGCAGGCAAUACUGGUGCAACUGGAGGAUCGGUGACCCAGAAUGACAAUCCAAAGAAAGGUCUGGUGCAGAUCAUUGUCGAUUUUCUUGAUCUGACGCUACUGAAGAAACCCAUCUAUGUGAACAUUGUCUUGGGUAUAACCUUCGCCCUCUACUCGGACAUCACGUUCUUUACUAUGCAGCCGGUGUACCUCUUUGAACUAGGAUAUAGUAAGCCCGAUACAGCCACCAUUAUAGCCAUUGGAGCAGCCGCCGACUUGUCAUCUCGUAUUUUCCUGGCCAUCACCGCAGUGUGUAUCCAAGUUCCUUCCAGAUAUAUUUACUUGGCUGGAGCAGUGUUCACGGUCUUUGCAAGAUUUGUUUUCAAUGGCAUCACCGAGUUUGUGGGCAUGGCCUGCAUUACGGCCGUAAUUGGAUUUCUGCGCACCUGGGUCCAUGUCCCAUUGCCUCUCGUCUUUGCUGAUUAUUUGCCCAAGGAGAGGUUCGCCACUGGCUAUGGUUUGUUCAUGUUCACACAAGGCAAUGCCAUGUUCCUAAUUGGUCCAAUUGUUGGGUUUAUUCGCGACAAGACCAAGGACUAUAUUCUGGUUUUCAAUAUCCUCAAUGGAUUCAUGAUGCUGUGCGCCAUUCCCUGGGUCAUUGAAGUCUUAAUUGUAAAGUUCCGAAGGCGCAACAAAAUCGAACGCGACAAUGUCGAUCACGAAGACGUGGAGGAACAAGGAAGGAGUGCCAUGGUCCAUUAAACAACAUGUUCUUGUUUUCAUUAACAAUAAAUUUAAACUAACAAACACUAUAGAUUUUUUAGGAUUAAUUGAGUUUGUAAAAGUUUACUAAUAAUAUUAAAAAAUUUUUUUGAAUGAAGUUAAAA